AUGUUCAGCACGCCAAAGUCAUUACAACGUCGAACAGGUCGUUUCGGUGUCGACCGUUACGAAUAUCUAAAACAGUUAUUAAACGAAUACGAACACGACUCAGCAAACAAUGAAAGCAAACUACAAAUUCUCGCUAACUUCGCGAAUUUCUCCUACGAUCCAAUCAAUUACAAUCACUUGCGACAAUUAAAUAUCAUCGAUUUAUUUCUCGAUUGUUUGCAAAUGCACACCGAAGAUGAUUUCGUUCAUUAUGCACUAGCUGGCCUGUGUAAUAUAUGUGCCGAUGAAGCAAAUUGUCAAAUCGUUUUCCACAAAACUCCCUCGAUUGUUAUCAGCUUAGUUAAAUGUUUAUUUUCCACUCGUUUCGAUGUCGUUGUCAAUGCAUUAUUAACAUUGAUGUUUCUAUGCGAUUUUAAAGAACAAAUCAAAGUUGAUUUGAGACAAAGAAAUGAAAUACGACAAUGCAUUGAAAAAUAUUCACAAUCGAAAGAUAAACGUUUGGCAAAUAUGGCUCAAUUAUUUUUACAGGAUUACUUGUCGUAA